AUGGCGUCGCGCGCGUCGUCGCGCGCGUCGAGCGGUUUCGGACGAUGGUUUCGUCGCCUCGUCUGCGCCGCGCUGCGCCGGAGGGGCGUCCCGGGACACGUCGCGGUGAUCAUGGAUGGAAAUCGUCGGCACGCGCGACGCCGAGGCGCGAGCGCGACGGUGGGACACCGCGCGGGGGCGGAGACGCUGAGCGCGGCGUGCGAGUGGUGCUUCGACCUGGGCGUGAAAGUGUUGAGCGUCUACGCCCUGAGCACGGAGAAUUUUGGACGCGCGGAGGAUGAAUUGGACGGAUUGUUCGAACUCGCGACGGAGCGGCUGGAGAUGUUGGGGAAGGAUGCGCGAUUGGCGAGGCAUCGGGCGCGGGUGACGGUGAGCGGCGACCUGAACGCGUUGCCGAAAGCGGUGCGAGAGGCGGCGAUGGCGGUGAUGGAGGCGACGGCGGCGAACGAUGGACCGAUUUUGAACGUGUGCAUGGCGUACACGGGGAGAGAGGAUCUCGCGCGGGCGAUCGUUGAGACGAGAAAAGAGGUGAAAGCGGGAAGGUUGGACGCGAGCGACGUGAACGAGCGCGCGCUCGAGAGAAGGCUGUACGGUCAAUCAGGCGGCGCGCCGCUCCCUGCGGUGGAUUUACUCGUGCGAACGAGUGGGGAGACGCGGUUGAGCGAUUAUAUGCUCAUGAACUGUCGAUUCGCGGCGUUGGUGUUCACCGAGACGCUGUGGCCAGAUUUCACGUUUUGGGACAUGGUGGACGCGGUUUGGAGAUAUCAGCGCGGCGCAGAUGGUUUGCGCCGCGCGCGAGAAGUGUACGAGGCGCGCACGUCGACGAAGCGCGGAGGUGAAGAUGUCGACGACGCGUCAGUCGUCGCCGAGGUAUCGGUGGGAUCUCGGAAGAAGUAG